AUGGGGACCCCUAAGCAGGCUUACGCUACCGACGGCGGCAAGGGUGACGUCGCCGCUGGCAGCACGGUGACGGCGAGCGCCAUCGCGUCCUCCUACGACGACCAGAUCCGCCCGCUCCUCGACGCGGUGGACCGGCUGCGCCACCUCAAGGUGACGCAGGAGGGCAUCCAGCUGCCCACCAUCGUCGUCGUCGGGGACCAGUCCAGCGGCAAGUCCAGCGUCCUCGAGUCCCUCGCCGGCAUCAGCCUUCCGCGCGGCCAGGGCAUCUGCACGCGCGUGCCACUCGUCAUGCGCCUGCAGGACGACCCCUCUGCGGACUCGCCCAAACUUCAGCUCGAGUACAGCAACGGCCGCGUGGUGACCACCACCGAGGCCGACGUCGCGGACGCCAUCAACGCCGCCACCGCGGAGAUAGCCGGGAGCGGCAAGGGUAUCUCCGAUGCGCCUAUCACGCUCGUUGUGCGCAAGCGCGGCGUGCCCGACCUCACGCUCGUCGACCUCCCCGGCAUCACGCGCGUUCCCGUCCAUGGCCAGCCGGAGGACAUCUACGACCAGGUUGCAAAGAUCAUCAAGGAGUACAUCGCCCCGAAGGAGAGCAUCAUCCUGAACGUGCUCUCGGCCACGGUGGACUUCCCAACGUGCGAGUCUAUCCGCAUGUCGCAGCAGGUGGACCGCUCCGGCGAGCGCACGCUUGCCGUGGUCACCAAAGUCGACAAAAACCCCGAGGGACUGCUUGAGAAGGUCACCAUGGACGACGUGAACAUCGGCCUCGGCUACGUCUGCGUCCGCAACCGCAUCGGCGACGAGACUUAUGACCAAGCGCGCGUCGAGGAGGAACGGCUCUUUAAAUACCAUCCUUUGCUGUCGAAGAUCGACAAGGACAUGGUCGGCAUCCCAGUCCUUGCUAAUAGGCUCAUGCAGAUACAGUCCACCAUCAUUGCCAAGUGCCUCCCGGACAUCGUGAAGCAGAUCAACGACCGCCUCAGCCGCAGCAGCGCCGAGCUGGACCAGAUGCCGCAGGACUUGAACAACGUCGCUGAUGCUGUCAGGGUCUUCUUCCACAUAGUGAAGCAGGUCUGUAACUCACUUGAAAAGUUGCUGGUGAGGGGCGACUUUGCUGAGUACCCUGAUGCGCGUGAGUUUCAUGGCACGGCGCGCAUUGCCGACAUGCUGUCUGGAUAUGCAAAGGAACUCCCCGCGCAGUGCCCGAUAAACAGGAACGAACCGUUUCUGAUGGAGGAGGUGCGUAUACUGGAGGAGACUAAGGGCAUAAAUCUACCUAACUUCCUCCCAAGAACAGCGUUUCUUGUCCUGCUGAAGAAGAAGGUGCAGAUUAUAGAUGUGAUCCCUCAGGAGCUUGCCAACAAAGUCUGGGACUACGUGGAGGACCUGGUGAUGAAGGUUUUGCUGAAGCACUCCGAAAAUUUUCCGCAGAUGCAGUCGCCCUGCCGCCGUGCCGUGCAGACCCUGAUGGACAAGGCGCGGCUGCGCUCGGCACAUCACGUGAAGGAGCUGAUUGCCAUGGAGCUGGUGGCAGAUUACACCGCCAACCCAGACUACAUGAAGACCUGGACCGAGAUAAUGGAAGGGUACGAGAUGUUCAUGGAGGCCGUGGAGGACAAGUCGAAGCCGACAAGAAUCACCCUGAAAGGCUUUGGCGAGGUGGACGUGUCGCAUCUUAGGGUCUAUGCUGACUUUGCAGGGAAGGCGUUCGACCUGAGGGCGCGUCUUACGGCAUACUGGAAGAGCAUAGUGCUGAGGCAGGUUGAUGGCCUUGCAUUGCACGUCCUUCUCAGCGUCAAGCUGCUGGUUGAGAAAGACCUUGAGGAGGAGCUCGGCAACGAGCUGCUGAGCAACAAGUUAGCUGGGGUGGAGAAGAUGCUCGCGCCGUCGCCGGGCACUGGAACAAAGCGUGAGCGCCUGAAGAAGAGCAUCGUCCUCCUUCGUCAAUCGAAGGAGGUCGUGGCAAACAUAAUGGAUAGGAUUAGCGCGGCUGGUGACAUCUAGGCAUGUCAUGGUGUGCUCUGCGUGACAUUGACUUUUGGGUUGCGUUCCCAGCCGUAUGGACUUUGUUAAGGUUUACAUGCUAUGUUUCUGUUUUAAUGCAUGUUACUAUCGUUUAGAUUGUUAUGUUUUAUCUCAUCACUGUUCAUGGUGGCUACCUAUGGUUAACGGUGGCUUGUUCGCGCCUUGGCGACCCA